CACGGCGCCGAUGGCAAGAGGGAGUUCGGAGCCUUCCACGCGGACCUCCGCUCGUGCGCAGCACCAGCAGCACGCUGCAGUCCACCCCGGCAUCCGCAGUCGCAGCUGCCAGUGCAGCUCCAGGAAGUCACCAAGAGCCAGAUCAACAUCAUGAAGGCGACGAAGAUGGAGAUCGCUAGGGCAGUUGACCGAUCAAGACGCGAUAGUCACCAGCAGGCCGGAGGUGUAGCCAUUUUUGUGCACGAGAUUCUGAAUGGACUGGCCCUUCGGGUGGCGGUCCUGGUCUUGAACAGAGCGGCGCUGCCGUUGCAGCUGCUGCUCUUGGAACCGGCCCUGCGGGUGGCAGUUCUGGUG